CACGCAUUUGUUUACCUCCGCGGGGAGCAGGAAUUGCGCUUGAUAUCGAAACCACACCUAACAUAUUAUCUUGUCACGUCAGACCUUUAACGAUCAGAAGGAUUUUGAAGGCUUGACGACAUGGCGCCUAUAUCUCCGUCUAAAGCAUUAUCGAAAUUGCAACAGCUCCAAAAAGAGCAGGGCGAUCCGAAGAAACAGCUCGCCAUUCUCCGGAUCAGCGAAUCCAUUCUUGCAACAGAUGACGUUCCAAAACCAACUCGCUCUCCAUCUAAGCGCAGAUCAGACGCAUCUAUCGAUGCACUGGAUACGCCUACGCCUUCUUCUUUGGAAGCGGAUUUGACACAUUAUAAAGAACUCUUCUCAAAACUCCGCUUUUCGUAUAUAGAGCAAGUCACCAAGGAAAAGUUUCUCCGUGCGAUUGUAGGCGAUCCGCCUCUGGUCGUUGGACACAAUGAGAAUGUUGAACUCGAGGCGCAGCUUGCGGAGGUGAAAGCAGAGCUCAAGCAGCGCAAGGAGGAAGUUAGAGUCAUGGUUGAAGAGAUGGAAAAGAUGGGGAGAGAUCUUGCGAGCCGCUACAAGAAUAUCCAACUGCAGACGACACAACUUUCGACUCUCCCAGAAUCAAUUCAGAACCUUGAGUCCACCAUCGCGAUAUUACGUGCGAAACAAAUUACCACCACUGAUGACGUCUCAUCAUCACAGAACCUUCCUCUGCCCGCCACUCUCGCAUUACUUUCAGAACGUGAGGCUGAGUUAGCCGCCCUGAACCGACAGUUAGCUUCGCUACAGAACACGCUUCCGCGGAAGACAAGAGAGGCCGAAGCUAUGGAGCGAGAGCUGGGGGUGUUGGAAAGGAAGAAGGGCGAAGCUGUGGCACAGGCCAAAGAAGCGCAAAGGAGGAAGCGCGAGGGCGAGAGUGACGGACUGGAAGAGAUGGGAAGAUGGUACAGGGGUACAGAAGAGAGUCUGAAACAAUUGCUGGGCGUGGAAGGCUGAAAUUGGUCUGCGCCGCGCUUUACGAUUAUAAUGAUGGCUACUGGGUUACGGUGUUAAUAGGAAUAUGCUCAAGUUAUGAAGCUACACAGUCUUGAUUUAGAGGAAAUGGAGU